AGGAGAAAGGGGUGGGGAAAGGGGGAGGAGGAGGAUGUGAAACUGGGUUGGAGAAAUGAAAGACAGUAAGUCUUUCUGGUGACACUUGCUGCAGGCUCUCUGAGCACAGCUGGCUCCCCUUGGGCAAGAACCCGAUCCCCUGUGCUGAGUCAAGAGGCUGCAGGGCUGCAGAUCUAGAGGAGGACCCAGCAAAGCCAUGAUAUUUCCAUGGAAAUGUCAGAGGUCUCAGAGGGACUCAUGGAACAUCUUCAAGUUGUGGGUCUGGACAAUGCUCUGUUGUGAUUUCCUGGCACAUCAUGGAACCAACUCCUGGACUUACCAUUUUUCUGAAAAACCUAUGAACUGGGCAAGGGCUAGAAAGUUCUGCCAAGAAAAUUACACAGAUUUAGUCGCCAUACAAAACAAGGGGGAAAUUGAGUACCUAGAGAAGACAUUGCCUUUCAGUCGUUCUUACUACUGGAUAGGGAUCCGGAAGAUAGGAGGAAUAUGGACCUGGGUGGGGACCAACAAGUCUCUCACUGAAGAAGCAGAGAACUGGGGAGAUGGGGAGCCCAACAAUAAGAAGAGCAAGGAAGACUGUGUGGAGAUCUAUAUCAAGAGGGCCAGAGACACAGGAAAGUGGAAUGAUGAUGCCUGCCACAAACAAAAGACGGCCCUCUGUUACACAGCUUCUUGCCAGCCCCUGUCAUGCAGUGGUCAUGGAGAAUGCGUGGAAACCAUCAAUAAUCACACCUGCAAUUGUGAUGUGGGGUACUAUGGGCCCCAGUGCCAGUUUGUGAUUCAGGGUGAGCCUUUGGGGGCCCCUGAGCUGGGUACCAUGGCCUGUACUCACCCUUUGCAUGACUUCAGCUUCAGCUCACAGUGUGCCUUCAACUGCUCUGAAGGAACAAACUUAAUUGGGAUUGAAGAAUUUUGUGAACCAUUUGGAAACUGGUCAUCUCUAGAACCAACCUGUGAAGUGAUUCAGUGUGAACCUCUAUCAGCACCUGAUCUGGGGACCAUGGACUGUAGUCAUCCCCUGGCCACCUUCAGCUUUACCUCUGUGUGUACUUUCAACUGCCCAGAAGGAACUGUGUUAAUUGGAGAGAAGAAAACUAUUUGUGAAUCAUCUGGAGUCUGGUCAAAUCCUAGUCCAAUAUGUCAAAAACUGAACAGAAGCUUCUCGAUGAUCAAGGAGGGUGACUAUAACCCCCUCUUUAUUCCAGUGGCCGUGGUGGUUACAGCAUUCUCUGGGUUGGCAUUUAUCAUUUGGCUGGCAAGGCGAUUAAGAAAAGGUAUGUGAGUUUAGCUUGAUGUGAAAAUAAUACAACUCU